AUGGCGUCCUCCUCAUCCCAGCGCUUGGUCCACCAGGACUAUAUUGCCAGAAUACGAUACUCAAACACUCUGCCUCCUCCGCCAAAUCCCCCAAAGCUCCUCGACAUCCCUAAUACUGGCCUUGCGUCUGGUCAAUACACGACUCCUGGCUUUGCAUCGCGACUCGCGCGUGACCAGCCUCUAAAUAUCGAGGCCGAUGCAGAGUUGGGAAUGCCGUUGGACCUGGUGGGCAUGCCAGGAAUCUUCGACGGAGAUGAAAGUUCUAUUCAAGCCCCGUUACACCCGCCCACUCCUCAUCCUCGCGACCGCCACCUUCUCUGCGCCCUCUCAAAUCUUGGAAAGCCCAAGUUCACCGACUCCGGCGUAUCCUUCCUGCGACGUACCGAAUACAUCUCGAAUGCCAGCAAGCCGAACCGCUUCGAAUCCACGACCUCUAGAUCCCUGAUCGACAAGACCGGAUACAAAAUCAAGAGAGCUGCCGUAAACGCAGACAGGGAGUCGCCGGAAGCAAUUAAGAAGGCCGCGGAGCAAAGCUUUACGAUAGCGUCCAACCUCCUCAAAAAUCCUCGCGAAGUACGACACCCAAGCGGAAAGUCAAAUGUCAAGCUACUAGCAUCAUACCCUCUCCUCCCCGAUCUUGAGACGAUCCCCGAUGCAGGAGGCUACGCUACCGUCAAAUUCAUGAGCAAUCCCGUCCCGCCUGGGAAUACCUACGAUAUCCGUCUGGAUACCAGUAUACUGGAACCGAUCGCACCUUCGGAGAUGGUACAGAUCGCCAGGGCGCAGGCUAAGGAGGAUUACGAGCGCGACCCCGAGAAUUUUCCACCCCCAGACACUAGCUUGAACUACAAUUUUUACAUGCCAGAGGCGGCCUCGGAUGCCAUCAUGUUCAAGCGCAAGUUCGAUGCUUUGGACCCCGAGAAAGACUCGGAUGAUCUCUACACACAGCGAAGCACCGAAGGCCGGCCAAUGUUCCGCUUCAAGCACGUGCGUCUCUACGAGUCUUCCCAAGUGUCAGGCGAUAUGACGACCAAGUACGACGAGGAGGUGGUUAUUGCAAUUCAUGACGGCACGGACGGCUUGCACGACAAGGCGGCGUACUACUACCCGAUUGUGCAGAAGAUCUCGAUCAAACCACAGCGGAACAAGAAUAUCCAGAGCAGGAAGAUGCAGUACACCCCAGGGGCGCCGAAAGAGGAGCCGGAUGGUCACGUGGACUACUUGGGGUUGUUCAUCGAGGAUCCGGAUGAGGAGACCAGGCGGAUAAGGGAUCAGUACAAGACGAUGCCGUACGGGCCGGACGAGGAAGCUCCUGCUGCUACUCAAUAA